CUUUUUUAUAAGUUCUUUAGUUUUACUUUUGUGUAUAAAAAUUAUAAUUAACUCCAUUUUCUUAAGAAAAUUACCUUUAUACAUAAUCACAAAGUAAAUACUGUGUGACAGUGUCUAAUGUAUUGUACAGAUUCGGAUAAUUAGUUACAAGUUACGUACACACAUACUUCAGCCACAUCCAUAUCAACAAUUUAAGAAGAAACAUAAGAAAAAGAACAAAUAGGUUAUGCAGGUUAUAAAUAAGUUGCCUUUUAAUUUAAAAUUAAUUUAAAUGGAUAAGCUACUUUUAUCAAGCAUAAAUACUGCUUCAAGACUUAUUCAGGACGGAACCAUAACUUCACUUGAUUUAACAAAUGCAUGUUUAUCACAAAUAAGGAAAACAAAAAAAUUUAAUGCUUUUAUAAGUGUUACUGAUGAAUUAGCUAAAACACAAGCUGAACGGUCGCAGCAAAGAUGUAGAGAAAACAAUCAAUCAGAAUUAGAGGGAAUUACUGUGGCUCUCAAAGACAACUUCUGCACAAGAGGCGUUAAAACAACUUGUGCUUCAAAAAUGUUAGAAAAUUUUGUUCCUCCUUACAAUGCAACUGUGUAUCAAAGAUUAUUAGACAAAGGAGCAAUUCUUGUUGGAAAAACUAACAUGGAUCAGUUUGCAAUGGGAUCUGGAACUGUUGAUUCAAUAUAUGGACCAGCAAAAAACCCAUGGAAUUUUAAAGAAGAUGAUGACUUUUAUAUUGCUGGAGGAAGUAGUGGUGGAAGUGCAGUGGCUGUUGCAACAGGGACAUGUUUUGGAGCAUUAGGUUCAGAUACAGGAGGCUCAACAAGAAACCCAGCAUCUUACUGUGGACUUGUUGGCCUAAAACCUACCUAUGGCCUUGUUUCAAGAUAUGGUUUAAUUCCUUUAGUGAAUUCAAUGGAUGUUCCUGGAAUUUUAACAAGAAAUAUCGAUGACUGUGUUCAAAUUCUUAAUGUAAUUGCUGGUCAUGAUCAUAAUGAUUCUACAACCUGCCCCAAACCCCAUAGGAAAAUUGUUUUGCCACCUGCUAAACAAAUGAGUAUUAAGAAUUUAAAAGUUGGUAUACCAAAGGAGUAUUGCUGUGAAGGAAUAAGUAAUGAAAUUCUUGACACAUGGAAUGAGGUGGCAAAUUUAUUGGAAGACAGUGGUGCAGACAUUAAGGAAGUUUCUUUACCACAUACCGAGUACAGCAUUGUGUGUUAUUCUAUUCUUAAUCAAUGUGAAGUUCAGAGCAAUAUGGCUCGUUAUGAUGGCAUAGAAUUUGGUUAUAGAGCAAAUGAAAACUCUUCUGUUGAGAAAUUAUUCACACAAACACGGAGUGAAGGAUUUAAUGAAGUAGUUAGAAACCGUAUUUUAGCUGGAAAUUACUUUCUUCUAACCCGAAAUUAUGAAAAAUAUUUUAGUAAAGCAAUGAAAGUUAGGCGUACUAUUGUAAAUGAUUUUUAUAAAGUCUGGGAAGAAGUUCAAAUUCUUCUAACACCAACAACAUUAACAACCGCUCCAUUAUACAGCGAAUUUAUUAAAAAAACAAAUAGAGAUCAAUGUGCAUAUCAAGAUUAUUGCACUCAAUCAGCCAACAUGGCAGGUAUCCCUGCAGUUACAAUUCCAAUAAAAUUAUCAAGGGUUGGAAUGCCAAUAAGUUUACAACUAAUGGGGAGAAAUUUAAGUGAACCAAUGCUUUUGGCAGUGGCAAAGUUCAUAGAACAUGCAGUCCAGUUUCCAAAGUAUAGUUUAGGAAACAGUUGAUUUUGUAUUAGUAGCUUAAAUAUUUAUUGUAAGUUAUAAAUAAAUCAGUAAAAAUUUA